GCCUCCUCUUCACCUUGUUCUUGUUCUCCUUCAAAAUGUACAAGAAGAAAGCCCAACUACCUCCAGGGCCCACUCCUUGGUUUCUUCUGGGCAAUCUUCUGCAGAAAAACGUCCUGCCUCUGAGCAGAAACUAUGCAAAGUCCAGCCCCACGCUAGGUCUGAGGGACAGUGGACCGGCCCCCUGCUGAAAAAGUUUGCUGACCCCUCGGCUAGACUAAAAAGGCAGAGAGAGACAGGAAGGCACAAAGUUAAUUUCUACCUUCUUUAGUCUGUGUAUGUCUGAUUCUAUCUGCUGCUUUGAGGAGCGCAAAUAUUCCUGCAACAUAAGUGAACAGAAGGGAGGUCAUGAAAAGAAGGUUUCCCAUCCUCUUUGUCUCUUCCUGGAAGUGCUGCCAGACUGAGAGGCUGCAGAGAGCACCAUCUUUAAGAACACACAAAGAACCCUGAAGGACUAGAUGAAAGUCUUAUCCAUUCUCCAAGCAGCACAGUCUCCUGCAAUUCUGCUCUGCACCCACCCCAUGCCUUGGCAAUCAGUGUUAUUAUUGCUUCUAUAGAUUUUCAUGGAUAACAAAGGGACAUAUUAUGCAGUGCUGUAGCAGGGGGGUGGGUAGCCACCGCCCCCAAGUGAAGCCUCCAGGAGGGCACCAUUGACGCUCCCAGCCUGUGUGUGUGUGUGUGUGUGUAAAUAAAUGUGUGUGGGGAUGCCAAGCUGGGUCUUUGACUAGUGUUAAAGAAAGCCUAGUUUCGCCCCUGCGUAACACCUCUGUUUUUACUUAGUAGAACCCUAUCUACAGGUCAGUAACACUUGGUUGAGACAUUGCUAUCAUAGGCAUUGUGUGGUUGGGGGAGGAGGGAGAAAGAAGGGGGUAGUGAUAUUUCCAUCUUUUGCAUAGUGUAUGUGUCGGGUGUUGUAUUAGUGUCACGUGGAUGGUUCUUGCAUCUAUUCAUUUAUUUCUUUUCGUUGGCAGUGAAAGAGACUGGUUGGUUGCAUUUGGUUGAUUACAGUGAGUUUUGUUGGUGUGUGAGAGAGUGUGACGGGUUGUUGGGUCAAAUUAGCCAUAUCCAUUCGUAUGCUGUUGGUGGGUUAUGUUGCUGUUUCGUUAGCAAUUAGUGUUGAAAGGCAUACUAUGUGUCAUCUGCAGGUAAUACAGUAUAUCACCAUCUUGCCUAGCAGCCAUUGAUAGUUUAUUUGUCUAAUCCACUUUAAAAUCUGUCUAAGUUGAUGACCAUCCAGACAUCUUGCAGUGGUGCUGCCUUUGAGAAGGAGGAUCUCCUUCUGCUUAUCUUGAUUGCCCUACCAUUCUGCUUCACUGGAAGCAAAGGAGUUUUGUUUCCCCACACCAUGAUAAAUUGCAUACACGUCUGUCUUCUCUUAGCGCAUUGUUAUCUAAACAAAUAAACAAAAACAAAAAAGCUCCAAAUGUUUUAAUUUUUCUUCACAGAGGCCAGCCCCUUGAUAAUUUUAAUUGUCCUUGUUGGCACCUUUUCCAGUUCUACAAUAACCUGCCAGUUUCAAUGGCACAGCUGUCUGCAGACUUCCUUUGCAAGGUGUUUUGCUGCCUGAAGCAAAGGGGGGAAAGUUGUCUCCUCCCAGUCCUGUUCCAUGUACAAAAGUCCAGCAGGCCAUUGACCCUGAUCUCAACAUUCUCCAUAGCACCUUGAGGACAGUGACCUAUGUUAGUGCUUGCACACUCUGCCCCACACCUUAACAAUGAAUACAUGUGCAAAGAAUUCAUUCAGGUUCUCUGCAGUUCAUUUCUCCUUCCUUAGCACACCUUUAAAACCCUUAGGGGGUGACUGUGGCGAUUCGCCACCUAGACCAGACCCAGCAUGUGAGGGGUUAAGCGUGGAGCAGAUAGAACCCUCGGGGGGCGGGCUCAGUCCAGGGAUAAAAACCCCUCCCAAGUGGCAGUUAGGGAGUUGAAGUUGAGGUUGGAAUCAGUUGAGGUUGAGCUAGGAGUGGUUGGUUAUAUGCAGAGAGAGCUGGUUUAAUAUAUUGAGGAAGGAGAAUAGGUGGUGAUUUAGUCAGACGGGAUACAAAGUUGGGAGAUUAUUAAUAAAUAUUUACCUAGUUGACUUUAGCAGUAAUAGGCCGGUAAUUUAUAAUUAGAGGUAAUAGGCCGGUAUAGGAACCAUCUGAAAUUUAGAACAACCUAAGAUUUGUACUGCAACCAUUAAGCAUAUGAACACACAAUAAAGCAACUUCGUUUUAUUUUAUCUGUAUCCUGGUCUGUGGUGUUUUGGUGGAGGUGUUUAUUUUGUAGUUGGCACAUCACCAAUCGACCGUAAAACGUCCAGUGGUGAUGUGCAGGUCAGAGUGACCGCUACAGUGACAUAAUGGAUAGAGUGUUGGACUAUGACCUAGGAAAGCAGGGUUUGAAUUCCCACUCAGUCAUGAAGCUCACUGGGUGACCAUGGGCCAAACACCAUCUCUUAGCCUGACCUACCUCACAGGGUUGUUGUGAGAAUGAAAUGGGGAGCAGAAGAACCAUGUACAUCACUUUGAGCUCCUUGAAAGAUAGGGCUGGUAUAUUAUUGUAAUAAAUAAAUAUAUGAACUUCUUCCCUAGCUAAUUUCCCACUUUUAGAUAUGCAGUAUAAAGGUAAAGGUAAAGGGAACCCUGACCAUUAGGUCCAGUCCUGACAGACUCUGGGGUUGCGUGCUUAUCUCACAUUAUUGGCCGAGGGAGCCGGCGUACAGCUUCCAGGUCAUGAGAGACCUCAGAAAUGUUAAAUAUUUGUAUAACCCCGUAAUCAUCCAUAAUGAUUGACAGACUGUUUGCUCUUCUUGCUCAAUUCCUAUUGGAUCAGCGCCCUAUAUAUUAAACUAUAAACACGCAGAUAUUUCAUUGGAUCCCAGCACUGGAUAGUCACCCAGCCACCCUUCUGCUGUGAACAGAACCUUCUCUUUGUGAGUGAGUUAAGAAGAGUCUUGUUUGCCUUGGUGAUACUAUCUUGUAGCAAUUACUUUUUGCUGAAGCAGCAAGCCCUUGCAAAAGCCAUCUGGGUUCUUGCCAUGACAGCUGAGAAGCCAGCAAUAGGUCCAACAAUGGGAGAGAUCAAUGGUAUGGAUUCUCUGUGGCCUCUUGUACAUUUCUAGCAGGUAAUAAUUUUAAACCUUGCCUUUGUAUCCAAUAAACAAAAAUGGUUUAAGGAUUCUUUACCUCCAAAAUAGAUGGUCAGUCACACAAAUAGACAAGUCACUGAAAUAAAAUAAUUAGCACAGUCCUGGGGCUUGGUAUGAGCUUUCUGGCCAUGACCUACAAGAAAGCAGUUCUGAGAACUGGGACUACCAAAUCAUCAGGCCAAUUGUCAUCAGUCAUCUUGGAUGAAUUGAAAUAAUGUCAGCAGAUGGGAGGAGCAAAUUGCAUAGCGAGGUCAAAUAAAAAUAGGCUUUGCUGACUGGAGAAAGAGAGGUGUGGGACCUCCUAGCUGGAUCGUGAUUAGUUGUGUGGUGAGAGAGCUGAUUGACAAAAAAGUAUCCAGGACUCAUUGAAAUGGGAGUUUUGGGAACCAUAAAGACUAUAGCUUUGAGAUUGGGGGGGAGUUAAAAAUAAAUUGCUGGGUUUUCACUUGGUAGGGCUAAACCCUGAUUGCCAUAAUGGGCCAGCUGCCACUGAUAUAUCCAUGCAUUUUUUAAAUCCUACCUUCAGCUCGUUGAUAAAUGGGGUCCUAUCUUUACUGUCUGGCUGGGUCCCAAGCCCAUGGUGGUACUGUGUGGAUAUGAAGUGGUGAAAGAUGCUCUGUUGGAUCAUGCUGAAGAAUUUGCUGGGCGUCCUGUUUUGCCCUUCAGUGAUACCGCGUACCGUUAUAAAGGAAUGUCCAGCGGAUCUAUGAAAAAAUGGAGAGAGCUGCGCAGGUUCACACUCACCACCCUGCGAGAUAUUGGAAUGGGGAAGAAAACGAUGUCCAAGAGGGUGCAGGAGGAAGCUCUCUGUCUGGUGGAGGCAAUGGCAACCACAAAAGGGAAGGCCUUUGAUCUAAGAAAAUACAUGACAAUUGCUGUUUCUAAUGUGCUCUGUUCUGUUGUCUUUGGGAGUCGCUUUGACUACACAGAUCAGGUCCUCUGGGAGAUGUUGCGAAUCAUGGAGGAUUUUGUGAGCUACUUUGUGAGUUAUAUGGGACAGAUUUAUAAUGUGUUCCCGAAAAUAAUAUCUCACCUGCCUGGACAGCACAAAAAGAUUUUUGGAGAUUUUGAAAAAAUGUAUGCUUUCAUCAAUGAGAGGGUGGUAUCCCACAGAGAGAGCCUGGAUUAUCAGGACCCCCGGGAUUAUAUUGACUGUUUCCUUAUGAAGUCAGAGAAGGAACAAACCAAUCAUGAGGCCAUCUACACCCAAGAACAGCUUAUCAUUUGUGUGCAGGAACUCUUUGUUGCUGGGUCAUUUACCACAAGUGACGUUUUGGGCUGUGCCCUCCUGGCGAUGGCUAGAUUGCCACACAUUCAAGAAAAAGUUCAACGGGAGAUUGAUGAGGUGGUAGGUGCCAACCGUAUCCCUGGCAUGGAAGAUAGGGUGAGGAUGCCUUACACCAAUGCUGUUCUCCAUGAGAUUCAACGAUAUCAAAAAGGGAGCCUUGAGAGCUUCCCGCGUGAAACAACAUGUCCUACAAAAUUCCGGGGCUAUCUUAUCCCCCAGGGCACAACUGUCUGUUCAGAGAUUGGAUCUGUGCACUUUGAUCCUCUCCAAUGGGAGAAUCCAGAAGAGUUUAAUCCGGGUCAUUUCUUGGAUGAGAAGGGCCAGUUCCGGAACAGGGUUGCCUUCAUGCCUUUUUCUACAGGAAAACGGGCAUGCCCAGGGGAAGCCCUGGCUCGGAUGGAGCUGUUCCUGUUCUUUGGUGCUCUGCUCCAGAACUUCACCUUCCAGCUGAUUGGAGAUGCCAAAGACAAGGAUAUAUUCACUUUGUAUGAGGAUAGUUGCCUGAAGCCAGGAGACUUGCCAUUGAAAUUCAUUAGACGUUCAAUAUGAUCUAGUGACAGCAACUAAGCAGAAUAAAUGGUGCCAAUGCUUUUCAGAUAAUUUGAUGUAGGAACAACAUGAUUACUGGGAGAACUGAAUCACACAUUACUUAGAAAAACUAUAUAUUCCAAACUAUAGAUCACAUCAUGCUGCUGCGGCUGCUGGGAGUUGUAGUGCAACACUUGGAAAACCACAGCUGAGCCACUACUACAUUAGAAGAAUCAAUCCAAUAAUAAGUAAUGAUAGAUAAAGUAAAAAGGCAAAGAUAAAUAAAUCUCUGGGAGCAGAUGGAAUCUCAGUGUUAAGACCUUUAGGAGUAUAUUAGCCCAAUAACUUUCUAAAGUGAAGAAUGAGAUAUUAUAAAUCGGUAAAUUACUUGAAUUCUGUAACAGGGCUAUAACAAUAGCAUUUUUUUAUCUAAAAAGGAACAUUAUUAAAAAAACCUAUAGACAAGGAAAAUGGAUUUUGCUUAAUGAAGGAUAAUAUUAGGAAAAUAAUAAAUCUAGCUAUGCAUCUGCAGCAACUCAACUGGACAUCUUCAUCGGCCCCAGCUGCAGCAAAUCAUAUCUAUUCCAUAUCUACAGCCACGGCAGGUGCUGUAACCCUCCAGCAGUUUGACCUCACCCACAAAGUUGCACUCCUCCAUUGUCUCCUGAGACAGAUGAAUCCCAACAACUUCAUUUAUGCAUGAAAAACAAACCUUGAACAAGUAUUUACAUUUCCAGAUGCAGAAAAAGCAUUUGAUAAUAUCACGUGUCAGUUUCUUCUUCAAGGUGUAGACAUUUUAAACUUCACAAUAAAUUGUAUUAAUCAAAGAUAGAGAUUUAUCAACAACAGUAUAAUUAAAGUAGUAGUCAAAUCAAACACCUGCAUCUCUCCCCCACCCUUUUUCUUUGUUGGUAAAAUGGGAUGAAAUUACUGUCAUGGUAUAGUAGAUCCUUUGGGGGGCAUGAAACUUGCCACAUAUUUGAUAAAUGGGUGCAAGAAAUCUUGGGCUAUGAUUUUUUUAAUGGUUUAAUGCUCUUCUUUGUGGAUAACUGUGUGCACCACCACACUUGGCAUCUGAGACAAUUGGUAAAAAGACCCUCCCCUCAUAAAGAACAGCUUCCUUUGCUCUUCCAGAGAGGUUACAGAUUUUCACUUUUGUACACAGUUUUUAUAUUC